UCUAAAAUGAAAAAUGUCGAAAUUACAGGAAACAGACAAAAAAAUGCAUACUAUGUAUGCAAAUUUUAUGUCGUAUAUGGAGAAACAUCGUCUAUAUGAAUUAUUUUAUGUAAAUAAUUUGUAUUUCAUAAAUACUAUCUUUAAUUUACUUUCAUUUUAUUUCACAUAAAAAAAAAAAGAAAUAUACACAGGAAAUGGCAACUCAAUUAUUGAUUCAAAAACCCGAAGACCAUCUUGUAUUUAUGAAACAAUAUCUUCAUCUUGCUGCAAAAAAACUUAAUAUAUCCAAUAUUAUUUUAAUUGCACCUGAAAAUUUUGAUAGAAAGGCAUUAGCCAAAAUUCUUCAGAAAGAAUUAGGUGUAUAUCCUUUGAGCUUGAAAGAGCUUCGUAAAGUUUAUACUCAACAGGAUGAUAGUUGUCAUUGCGAGGAAUCAGAAGAUCUUGCACAUGCAAUGAAAAAAAUAUUAGAAAGCGGAGCUUUUCAUGAAAGUGGAUGGUUGCUAUUUGAUUUGCCGAGAACGAAAAAAGAAGCACGAAUAUUUCAGCGUAUGGGUAUAAUACCGACACAUGUGAUACAACUCAAAGUUUCAAAUGAAUAUGAAAAAUGGAAUGAUAUUUAUACAAACAAUGCUCAUUCAACUUUCAUAAAAUCUAAAAAAUCACAAAAUCAUUAUUUAAAAAAUUUACGAGAAUUACGAGAAGUAUAUGCACAUUAUUUAAUAGAAAUCGAAGUAGGUAUCAGAUCCAUUGAAGAACUUGGAAAAGAUUGUGCAAAACUAGCAAAGAUAAAAAAACAUUGUGGAACACCAUCACUUUUUCGUAUUGCAUUAAUUGGCCCUAGGGGAUCUGGCUGUAUUACUGUAGCAAAAUACCUAGCUGAACGAUUUAAUCUUGUUUAUAUUGAUUAUGAUUAUAUUGCAGAACAGGCGCGUUUACAACAAAAUUCUUUAGGAAAAAUUCUUCGAUUAUUUGAAGAACAAUGGGGUGAAAGACCCAAACCUGAAAUUAGAAUUCAAAUUGUUGAAAAACAUAUAUCUGAAUAUGAGUGUUUGAAAAGGGGUUGGGUCUUAACGGGUUAUCCAAAGACCGUAGAAGAUUUUAAAUUAUUUGAUUUGAGUCCUACCCCUCCAAACAGAGUAAUAUUUAUGGAAGUAAGUAGUGACAUCUGCAGAGAAAGACUACUCAAUCGUCGAUACAAUAUUGUCACAGGAAGUAAACAUAAUUUAUCUUCAACAAUCAUCGGUAACGAUGACUUUAAAUUAGGUGUUCAUCCUAAAGAUUUCAGACUGAAUGUCGAACGAGAUUUACAAGAAUAUGAAGAAAAUGUGACUGGCAUGAUGAAAUAUGCAGGCGAAUCUGCAAUAAAAAUUGAUGGAAAUGAUGAAAAAAGAAUUGUUCGAGAAAAAGUAGAAGCAAGUAUAAUGCAUCCAAUUCUAUCCUGGCAGUCAAGAAUACCAAGACCUCCACCUAAGAUUGAUCCAAUGAGUAUUGAAUUUGAUCCUGAUGAUGAACCUGAUUCCAGCGUGUUCGAUAAAAUACGUGCCCCUGAGCCGAAGUAUACUUUUAUCUAACUUAUAAUUAGUCAGCUAUCGAAAAUAUUUCACUUUCAGCAAGGAUAGGAACUAGGAUGCUCCUAGUAUAUUCUGUUAUCCUAACGCGCAGAGCAUUUUAUUUUUACAAUAUUAUAGCAUUUAUAUGACGUCAUAUACAGAUUUUCUAACACAUUUAACGUUUAAA